CUUUCAGUCAUAGCUUUCCUUUGCGUUAAUUUGAAAUUAAGCUCUCAUGGCAUCAAAAUCGUUGUUCUGCGUUCUUGUUUUGGUGGUUCUUCUCUCAAUCCAAGCUGAAGGUAACAACAACAACAACUUCAACUUGGCAGUGGCAUCGAAAUCUCUCUCUGACAAAGGCUAUCAUGCAAUGUCCAUGAUCUUUGACAUCUUCUUCAAGAUCCACGAUGUUUCCGAAUGGUUAUCCGGCAAUUCCACGCUCACUGUGUUUUGUCCUCCGGACAGUGCGUUCUUCUCCUCCAAAUACCCACAGCCGCCAUUAACACUGCUUCAGUAUCAUGUUGUGCCUCUGAAGCUCGACAUUGGUGCUCUGGCAUCUCUUCCUCACGGUUCCAAGAUUGAUACUCUGCUUCUUGGCCAUCCCCUGGUUGUCACUACUCUUCAAAAAGAUGAAGAUGCAUCUCUCAAUGGAGUCAUAGUGACUGAAUGGAAUCUUUAUAAUGAAGGAGGUUUGAUCAUCCAUGGCGUUGAUAACUUCUUUGAUCCUGCUUUCCAAACCCUGAUAUAUCCCUGGUUCGAUGUGAAGAACAAUAUCCAUGCAGAAGUAGUCAGCGGAUUUUCUUGGGUGAUAAGAGAAUUAAAAGAUAAUUGGUCUCUGCUGUUCGCAUUGGCAUUAAUGGUGGUGAUUGUUUUGGGUCUACUUGGGCGCUACGUUUAUUGCUGCAAAGAUAAUAAAGAUGAAUAUGAGCGUAUGCAGCAGCAGGAGGAGGCAGUUGAUCAUGUUCUUGAUGUUAAAGCUGUUUAUGUUUAGUAAUUAGUUGAAUUAAAGGUGUAAUUGGGGUUGCUGGUUUUAAUUUUCUUUAAUUAAUUUGUUCAAUUCAUGAACGAAGUUUAAUUUGUUGAUUGUAAGCUGCUUUUGUUGUACUGUCAUAGACGCUUUAAUAAGAAUUGGUCAGAGAGAAUUGAA